AUGGCAGCUGAAAAGGAAAACGUGAAUAGGUUAAAAACAAUAACAAAGAUUCCCUUGCCAGUGGAUCCUUUACCUGCGUUGCCCAAACAUUUAUUCGAGAUUAAGAGUAAAACGAAUAUGAAUGCGAGCGAGUUGAAUAAUCGCUUAGCCGAAAGCAAGAGUAAACCAAAAGAUUUAAACGAGAGAUAUCCUCUUAGAACAUUGAAUUCACAACAAAAUUUAGCUGUACCCGGCCCCAGUCAUCGCACUAAGGAAGCUGAUGUCAGACCAAAACAGAAGAUAGAUGCCCGUUACGUAACACGAAGACCGAAAACAGAAAACCUGGAUUGGGAUUUCAGAGUCUUCAAGGAUGAUGUUACACAAGAAGACAAAGUUAUUAUAAUAAGUGAUGAUGAGGAUAGUAGUAAAGAGAAAAAGUACAAAUUCUUCGUAGCUAACAAGCAAAAAAGUUGCCUUGGUGAAAGCAUGGCAGCAGUAACACCCGCUGUAAAAAAUCUAGAACCAAAUAGAGUGAAAAAACUGAAAAGGAGCUUGAAGAGACCACAUAGUAGGGAGCUGCAGGGUCUGCCUUCUGAGGCUAAAGAGCAAAAGAAAGUAGGCGAUAAGAUAAGGCCGAAACUGUAUUUCAAUGAACCUUUACAAGAGAGGUUAAUGUCCCCAGACUUUUUAAGGAGAUCGUAUAUGGUAUGCCAUACACGAGACUACUCGACGGACACAUUCGAUUAUCUUCUCGGGGUCGAACAGAGACCGGUCACUCCGAACAUCUCCAGCAAAACCAGGGCUUGCGUCAUCAACUGGCUCAUGAGGGUCAACGGUCCAGACGGGAAUCCAGCCACUGUCCAAACAGCUGUGUGGUACUUAGACUCAGUACUGGCGACGGGCCAAGUCCAGGUGAACAAGCUCCAGCUGGUCGCCGCCGCUUGCUACUGGGUCGCCCACAAGCUGCACGGCCCAGGCCUCUCCGCCACAAGGCUGGUUAAUUGUUCCAACUACGCCUUCACCACUGAAGACCUACUGUGUGCGGAGAAAUCUAUACUACAAAGACUGAAAUUCCCAUCUCAACCCGUCGUGGCUCAGGAAUAUAUCACUUACCUAUCGUGGUGGUGCGACCGAUACCAUCCGGGCGAAAUCGAGGUGGCAGCCACCUUCCUCUGCAUGUGUGGCAUCAUGGUGGACAAGAGUCUGUGCAACGAGUAUCCAUCGGUGGUCGCCUGUGCUGCAGUUCGAAAUGUUCUGCUACUCUUAGACAAGAAACAUCUGAUGACACAACUCCAGCUAUGUCCAAUUUUCAGAUCAGCUGAGAAGAAAGCAUCUAACAUGGCCUACACCUGUUCGCUGUUAAGGAGAGCAGUCCGUACCGUUGUCAGCACUGCAUACGAGUAUAAGGCACCCUUCGAGCACUACGGCACCCCCCCAUCAUACAUAGCGCAGAGGAUCUUCAACGCAUCCAUCGAAUUCAACAUCAUAGACAUAAGAAACACGUGCAGAAACAAUUGA